AAAUUUUUUCAGAAAAGUAUAGUUGCCAGAAGCGUGUUGCUUUUUGUUGCUUGUUUAGGAAUGUGCAUGCUAAUUGGCGAUGGCAUCCUUACCUCCGCAAUCUCAGUUUUGUCAGCAAUGAAUGGAGUGAAAGAACGCUUUGAUUCUGUUAGUGAAUCUCUGGUGGAAGUCCUUUCUGCAGUAGUUCUUGUCAUUCUCUUCCUCCUACAGAAAUAUGGCACUUCUCGUGUGAGCUUUAUGUUUUCUCCCAUCAUGGCUGCAUGGACUUUGAGCACUCCAAUUAUUGGAAUUUAUAGCAUUGUACGUCAUUACCCCAGUAUAUUCAAGGCACUAUCACCUCAUUACAUCUUUCUUUUCUUUUCAAGAAAUGGAAAAGAAGGGUGGCUGCUGCUUGGUGGUACCAUCCUCAGCAUCACUGGUUCUGAAGCAAUGUUUGCAGAUCUAGGUCAUUUUAACAAGAGUCCCAUUCAGAUGGCUUUCUUGUUUAUGAUAUAUCCAUCUCUGGUUUUUACAUAUGCUGGGCAAACAGCAUAUUUGAUUAAGAACCCUGACGAUUUCAAGGAUGGAUUUUACAAAUUUAUACCAAACGCCGUUUACUGGCCAAUCUUCAUCAUAGCCACACUGGCUACAAUUGUCGCCAGCCAAUCUGUGAUAUCUGCGACUUUUUCUGUUGUCAAGCAAUCUGUUGUGCUGGAUUGUUUUCCUCGAGUGAAGGUGGUGCACACGUCUCCCAACAACGAAGGAGAAGUUCACUCUCCAGAAGUGAAUUACAUCCUUAUGAUUCUUUGUGUUGCAGUGAUACAUAUAUUUGGAGAAGGAAAUAUCGCAAACGCUUUUGGUGUUGUUGUUAGCCUAGCCAUGCCCAUUACAACCAUAUUACUGACAUUAGUCAUGGUCAUUAGCUGGAGAACAUCACCAUUGCUGGUUGCACUUUUCUUCUCUGUAUUUUUCACGAUGGAGAGUGUUUAUGUGAGUGCAGUCUGCACCAAAAUUCCUGAGGUUGGAUGGAUGCCUUUGGCCAUAUCUUUAAUCCUUGCCUUCAUUAUGUUCGGCUGGUGCUAUGGGAGACAGAGAAAGAUAGAGUACGAACUAAAACACAGGAUUGACUUGGAAACACUCAAAAUGCUGUUGUCUGACCCCGCCGUUCAAAGGGUUCCUGGAUUGUGCUUCUUCUACACCAACAUUCAAGAUGGUUUCACUCCCGUCCUGGGACAUUAUAUCGCAAACAUGAGAUCUCUUCACAAGGUUACUAUUUUUACAACACUUCGGUAUUUGCUGGUACCAAAGGUUGAUCCAGAUGAGAGGAUUAUUGUCAACAAAUUAGGACUGGAAGGCGUUUAUCAGUGUCGGAUCCAGUAUGGCUAUGCUGAUUCCCUGAACCUGGUGGGAGACGAUUUGGUCAGUCAAGUCACUCGGAGCUUACAGGCACAUGUAGAAAACGGCUGGCGUGGUUCACCAGCUGAGAUUUCUGUACCGGAAGAGAGUUUACAGGCAGAUGUAGAAAAUGGCCUGGGUUGUUCACCCUCUGAGAUUCCUGAACUGGAAGAGAGCUUACAGGCAGGUGUAGAAAACAGCUUGGGUUGUUCACCAUCUGAGAUUUCUGAGAUUCCUGAACCGGAUGAGAUCUUACAGGCAGAUGUCGAAAACGGCUUGGGUUGUUCACCAUCUGAGAUUUCUGAGGUUCCUGAACUGGAUGAGAUCUUACAGGCAGAUGUAGAAACCAGCUCGGGUUGUUUACCAUCUGAGAUUUCUGAACUAGAAGAGGCCAAAAAGGCUGGUGUGGUUCACAUUCGGGGAAAGACAAGGUCUGCUCUGCCUACUCUAGGGGUGCCGCUACCACAGUGUAUUGAGGUUGGGAUGGUUUACGAGGCUUAAAGAGAUACUUGUAUUAAUGGUUCAAUCAAAUUCCGCUAGAUGCAAUAUGUAGAUUCAGCUGGUGCUAGCAGAGGUUCAACCAAGUAAUCAAGCAGUGCAUGAACAGCAUCCUCAGUUGAACAAACCUGUGAUUUACCCAUGUCUUUACAUAUAUUUGAGAACCACUGCCCUCGAAUCCUUAUUUAUCAACACUUGCAAAUAAACAAGCAUUAAAGCUAAUCAUGUUUU